AUGAAUAUUUGUAAAUUAAUGGUGUCUUGACCAAUAACAUCAUCAAAAGUAGGGUACGGUACACCGCAUCGGUGUUUUGUCUCACUGCGAAAGAGAUCUGCUGGCAUUUUCACUAAUAACUUAUAGAUCAUGACACUCAUAGGUCGGCUCUGAAAUGGUUCAUCUUUUCCUCCCGAAAAUGAUGAUGGCCCUAAUUUUACUUGAUUGGAUUGUAUUAACAUAAAAAAUUGGAUAUUGAAAGACGACGAUUACAAACUAAUCAUCGUUAUGCCCAAAAAAUUCGUUGGUUGUACUUCCCUGUAAUCUAAAUUAUCUUAGAUUCUGUCUUCAAUAUAUCCCGAUCAACUUAAUAGUUUCUGGUAUUUUAAAUCAAUUUGUAAAUGAGGAUCAAUUUCAUGUAAAAAUAGAUCCAUCCAAGAAGUAUAUCCACCAUGACUACUUCUUCAGAAGAUGUUUUAAUGCAAGUGGGUCAAGUUCGAUAUAAAAAAGGCGAUGGUACACUUUAUGUUAUGAAUGAAAGAAUAGCUUGGAUGCUGGACAAUAGGGACACUGUAUCGGUCAGCCACAAAUACGCUGAUAUUAAAUUACAAAAAAUAUCGCCAGAAGGCAAAGCAAAAAUUCAGCUUCAAGUUGUUCUUCAUGAUGGAUCCUCGUCAACGUUUCAUUUUGUGAAUAGAAAUGGUCAAGAAGCACAGGUCAAAGACCGCGAUGAAGUCAAAGAAUUAUUACAGCAGUUGUUGCCCAAAUUUAAAAGAAAAGUCAACAAGGAAUUGGAAGAAAAAAAUAGAAUGUUACAAGAGAAUCCGACGCUACUACAGCUUUAUCGAGACUUAGUAAUUACACAAGUUAUCUCCUCUGAAGAAUUUUGGGCUCAACAUGCUGCAGAGUACACCCAAGCUAAAAAGAGUCAACGACAAGAUAUAGGGGUGAAUGGGGCAUUUUUGGCUGAUAUUAAACCACAGACAGAUGGUUGUAAUGGUUUGAAAUACAACUUAACAGUAGACAUUAUCGAAUGUAUAUUCAAGACAUAUCCAGCAGUUAAAAAAAAGCACAUUGAAAACGUCCCGCACAAAAUGUCAGAGUCGGAUUUUUGGACGAAGUUUUUUCAGUCUCAUUAUUUUCACCGGGAUCGUAUAAAUGCAGGGACCAAAGAUCUAUUUACCGAAUGUGCCAAAAUAGAUGAUCAAGAGUUAAAGAAGGAUAUUCAAACAGGAAUCAACGAUUGUCUGGUCGAUAUCACAUCCUUUGAGGAUAAAUCCAUAGAUGAAAAUUAUGGUACUGGAUCAGGCAAAGCAGAUAAGCCUUCUGGCAACAUUGUACACCAAAGCAUGAUCAAAAGGUUUAAUCAACAUAGUAUAAUGGUGUUGAAAGCUAGCACUGCCAAUAGUUUCCAAGAUCAAGGUCAACCACAUUUGAAUGGAUCAACGACGUCGACGAUCAAAGUUCAGUCAAUGAACUGCAAUGACGACCGCGUCAAAACCAAAAAACUUAGGAUACAAGAAAAAUUAGUAUACGAUGAUCUCAAUACCAGUUCCGAUGCAAAUACGAAAUUGGCGGCACCGCUCAAUCUGUCUCAUGUGGACAGAUAUUUACAUGGCCCAAUACCAGGUUCUGGGAGUGCGGAAGCUAGUAACGAAGAAUUGCAAGCAACCUUAACACAACUCCGAAGAGAAGCAAAUAAUUGGGUAAAUGGAGCUCAUCUACCAAGGCAAGCAGCGACAUCCUUAGUAAGUCCAGCGGCUGCAGUCUCUGCAUUAGGAGAACUUACGCCUGGAGGUGCUCUUAUGAAAGGUUUUCGAGAGGAUAGUUUAGGACAGUUAAUUCCGAAGGAUUUGGAGAAAGAAUUGCGUAAUAUGUAUAUGUGUACGUGCGAAUUACUAAGGCACUUUUGGAAAAGCUUUCCACCAAACACUCCUCAGUUGGAGGAAAAGGCUGUUCGAAUGCACGAGGCUCUACACAGAUUUCACUCUGCCAGGUUGAAGCCAUUUGAGGAUCGUAUACAAAGGGAGUUUUCGGCGGUCAGUCAACACUUGACUAGUCACCUGAACCAGCUUUUGAACACUGCUUAUAGGAAAUUUGCAGUUUGGCAACAAAGAAAAAUGCAAAUGAGGUAGCCGUCAAUGCGAUUUUGCUAAAAAUGAGAAUAUAAAAAAAAAGUAACGCCCGGAAAUAUAAAUACAGACAAGAGCAAUAUCAACUAUCGCAUGAAUAUUGCAUUUUAUGUUACCGUAACUAGGUAUCAAUGUGGGUGUAUUUUGUUAAAACCGAAGUCGUGUUAGGAAAUGCACCCCGUACUACGCCAAUUGUGAGCCUAUUUAUUGUUUAAUACUUGAAUGAUUGUUUAGAACAUUUCUUUAACGAAUUUCUUGCUUUCAUUACCUGCAUUAUGUACAUUUUUAAAUCCAUGAAGAUCAGAUAUUCAAUACUUUUAUAAUAAAAAAUUUUCACAUCAAUAGUUCCGUUAUUCAAGUUCAUAAAACCUGAAAAAACGUCUUGGAUUAUACUGGAGAAAGAAUAUAUAUAUAUAUAUAUAUCCAUAUAUAAUCCCUUAUAACUAAUAUUUUUUUUACUGCGAGCUGUAGUCAAUAUUUCUCAGAACGUAUCUUGAUGAUAACUGCCACAACUUCUGCCUCAGACAUUAUACGUCGUCGAUCUUGAUAAAAUCUUUUGAAUUAAUUGUAAGAUUUGAUUUACAUAUGUAACUAUCUACACAAGGUUUACUUACAGAUUGAAAAUUAAAUUAGUUAAAGUUAGCCCUCAGGCUAGGGUUACAAAAAAAGCGGCAUUAGUACACUUCCUACAACGACUGCGAUAUACUCAACUUAAGUGUCUUAAUUGUUGAAUCCUACUUUCUACUCAUAUCAUAUACAAUAUACAAAUGCACGACUCAAAGAUACAUGAUAUAGAUAAGAACAAAAACAAAAAAAAUCCUGCAACAACUCUAGUAACUAGCAAUAAUGACAUUUCAUGAACACGAUUAUUACUUGAAUUGAUGAUAAUUUCAUCAAUCAAACAUCAAUCACCAGUUACAACAAUAGUAAUAAUGAUAACUAUUAUUAUUGUUAGUAUUAUAAAUAUAUUCUUACAUUAUAAUUAUUCCUGCAAUGAAUGUUGUUGGUUGUCAGCUAUUUAACAGUGAUAUUCAUCUUGAGUAUUGAAUAGCAUUUUGUAAUUAUUAUUUGUCAAAUUUUGCUAGAUCAUGGGCUCGUUUUUUUUCUUUACGUGUAGAGCCUCAUCACUGAAGAAGUGGAUAAUAAUUGAGACAAUGUGUGCCUGUAUUUACAUUUACGUUCCAACCAAAAGAUGUGCGUUUGAAACAUAAAAAUUCCCAGUAAGAUAGGGUAUUUUUAAUCAUAGAUCUAAGAUCUACCUAUAUUUGAAAUUCAAUUAUGUACCAUUGUCUACAAUUGCAGUUUGUUCCGACUAUUUAAAUACUUAGAUGACGUAUGAAAAAUUGUAAGAAAAAUUAUUGUUAUAUUACGUCGCUAAAUGAAGUUAGUAGUUUUGAGGCCACUGUCAAGGUCAACAUAAAUGGAUAACAUACGAAUGAAUGGGGUUAAAUUUGAUAAAGAACGAUUGAAUUUAUUAUCUAUACGUAAAUUGUAUGUGAAAAUGUUGAUAUCAACGUUAAUUUGGUAACUCCAAGUGGAUAAAACAAGAGGAGAAAAUGGCAAAUGUUAAGACGAAAAAAGAAGUUAGUAUUUUACAAGAAUUUUCUCAAUACUACAGUUGUAUAAUUUAUUGUCAAAUUAAACCCGAAAAUCAAAAAAAGAUGAGAAAUGA